AUGAUGUUCUGUGGCCUCAAAAUCUACACAAUGUUAAAGCAGAAUGGCAGAAGUCGAAAAACGAGAUCACUGCAGAGGAAAAUCUUCUUUAUGUUACUCGUGCAGACUUGUUGUCCAAUCGUUUUCCUCCAAACGCCAUCUUUUUUCAACAUUGUCUCAACAGCCACCGGAUUUCAACAACCCAACUAUUUACCCUUCCCGUUAGCUUUGUUGCUACAAUUCUACGCAACCUCGCAUUUUUUGUCCACCAUUUUAUUUAUCAAGGAUUAUCGCAGAUAUUUCAUUAGCUGCUUUAGAAAGACAGUGGGUCGGUACAGAAGUGCGAGCAGUAUCGGGACGAGUGAAUUGAAUGUCAUGUCGAAGGGAGCAGCGGAUUUUCUUCCGCCAAAGAUCAGAUCCGACAUCAUUCGAGCAGCGCCUCUUGGUCCGACAAUGAUUCAAGUUGAUCAAAUUCGCUAUGUGAAGCUUCAAUUGAGCAGUUUUCGUGCGAUCUUCUCAAUGUCAAUACAUUUCUCAUCGAACGACUAUUUCUGCGGGAAAGUGAAUGUUUCCGUCGACAUCUCACGAUCUCGAGCUUUUUCCAGUAUCGGGAACAUGUGUUUGUGCACAUCCGUCACAUGCAGCGUCUACUUGAUAGUUUCAAACGAGAAGGAUGUGGGCAAACCCACCAAAAAUUUUCUUACAGCCGCCAAGGAUCCGAGAAUGUCAUCGUCGUCGAAAGAUCGCUCUUCAAAAUGUUGCGCUAUGACUGAAAGAAAAAGGCCACGAAAAGAACAAGGCGAUGAAAACCAAGCGGAUGAAACAGGCGCUGUCAGUCGUUUCGAGAAUCUCUUGAAGAAGACGGAGAACUUCGCGAAAGCUAUCGAUACCGGUGUUUGUGUUGAGGCAGAUGGAGGUAGUAUUUUACAUGGUAUUUCCCGCAAGCACGAUCGACGUGCAAAAAUGACGGCGGGAACUGUUCGGCGACAUCAGGCAAGCGAGGAAGAUGAGCAGGAGCUCAUGGAUAAACCGACUACCGAUGUGGGACCUAUGCUGUUCGACAAGUCUCCGAGCUAUAUCAAAAACGGGAAAUGCGGGAUUACCAAAUUCGUGGGCUCAAUUGGA